UAUCCAAUUCCAAGGAGAAACCAAGGAGGUCUCGUAUCACGUCGCCAGUUUCUCGCGUCGAUAUCCGGAUAAAAUUCAAUGAUAUCCGAACAAUUAAGGGGUGCUCGUGUUGCGUUGCAAGAACACGAGCUCGGCUCCAAGUGGUUGGGGCAAGAGAAGAGAGAAAAAGGGAAGAGAGAAAGAGAGAAGGAGGGAGAGGACAGAAUAAACAGAGACAGAAAGGCAGAUCCAAAGAAGCUGUGCACGAUCUUCCACUACUACGCCACCAGCACCCCGUCCGAAGAGGCCGACAAGAUGCUGCAACAGUAUCCCAAAGACCGGACGGCAUUCAACGUCGCCAGCUCCAAUUCCAAGAUAUUGUUGACCAACCUGAGAACCGUUUCAUCCUCCCCGAAUCUGAUACAGAACCACGCUCUAACCUCGAUCCCUUUCGAGGUAGAAAAGAGGGAUUCGAACGAGAGCGACAUCGCGGAACACUCGUCCACGUUCGUGAGAACCGACCAAGUCCUACCCGUGGUCGACAUCACCUGGAAUUACAGCUCGUUCCGAUUCAGAACGUUCGAGGAAUGCCUACGAAAUUGUUACGGGGACAGGUAUCCACCCGGCGAGGUUGUCCUCAACUCGAUGCAGCUGAAUCUGUUGGACUCGUACACGAACGUGACGUUGGACAUGGCCGGCCUAUUCGAUUUCGCGAAGGAGGAGAGCGAGUCCCAUUUGGAGACCGUGGAGACGAAGCAAGAGAUCGAGUAUCUCGAUCCGUUGGAUCACUUUGUGACGAAACAGAACUGGAAACCGGCCACCAUCGAGAGAUUCACGAGAACGGACGAGGUGGAUCGGUGGCACGAUACGCCGGCGAGGCACGACGAGGAGGACUGUGAUAUCGGGGCUGUGAUCACCGGUCGGGAAAAGAAUCAGCGGAAUCGAAGAUCCUCGAGGAAGAUGGAGGCUCCUCGCAAAUGCUAUUUGUCCUCGUCUCGGCGUGUUUGCAGGACGAACGACUCUUGAUCGGGAGGGGGAGGAAGAAAGCUGGGCAACAGGGCCGCUCCUGAGGAUCGAUUAGGGCAACUGGGCUGAUUGGGGUGGAAGGUGGUUGGACGUAAUAUUUGUCGU